UGCCCAAGUAUCAGAUAACACUGUGAGGGCGGAUGUCACCCCCACAUGUGUAUGGCCAUUUCCCCAGAUACUGUUGAAACGCCCGGUCGUGCUUCCCUCGCCUCAAGGCGUCUGAACCUCGUGUACUCCUCGCCAAACAAUGGGGAAUGUGCGUUAGUGUUCCUAUCCCUUGUGAUCUUUCCGGUUGAUAAUAGUGAUGACGAAAGGAAAAAAAUAGCAUUCAGAUUGUAUUCCGAGUGAUGCCAGCGACCAUGGGCCAAGGAGGUGCCAGCCGAGAAGAGCUCUUCCUCGAGGCUCAAGGAGGAUUACGGUCUACCGUAACACACGACAAAGCAUGAAGCGAUCCACCCGUGUGAAUCAUGAUACGGGAAAGUCACGUGGCGCUGAAAAGGAUGGUGUUUCCUCACGCGGGAUCGCCACCAUUGAUGCCACUGAUGCUGCUGCUGAUGCAACUUCCGUCACACGUCUUGUCUACAGUCAACAGUGACAUGUGCCCCUGCGACAGUGCAGAGCCAGGCAGUGACACUGUUGUCCUGGAAGAGAACCUGACUGACACCACCACCAGGAUGAAGGAGCUGAACUGCUGUGCCCGCCGCCUUCUGGCCGCCCAUGACCCCCAGUAUCAUUCCAACGACUCCAUCACCAUUGUGUGGUCCUUCAAAGGUAAGGAAUAUAAAGAGGAAGAGCCAUGGUCUAAAGAAAUAAGUACCUUUGAGAUUGCUUAUUGCGGCCUGGAGACGCUGGAAAGUAGCAGUUUGCAGCUUCGCGACGAGGGCGUGUACAGCUGUGUGGUGACCUCAUCCAGCGGGGCCUCCGUUACCAAGAACUUCUCUUUGUGCCUCAACAUGAACGAGGACCUAGGAAAGCCUCCUCUCAAUCCAUUCAUCUCAGAAAAUGCUCUAGCUUUACUGAGGCACAAGGUGGUCUUCAGUUGUUCGGCUUACGUCGGGGAGCGUCGCUGCGCAAGGAAGGGGGACCACCGCCUCGUGUGGACCAAGGAGCGCUCCGAUGGGUCCUGGGUGGAGGCCUCAGCGCUGGCCCACACUGACAUUACUACGUCAGGAAUUAAGAACGAUGUGAUGAAGAGUCGAUUGACAAUACAUAGCGUGGAGACAGAACACUUUGGACGCUACCGUUGCACCAUCACCAACCCCGUCGGCAGCCUCACCCUGAACGUCACCCUCAGCAAAGGAGUGCCGCUAAUGGAUCGUGUCAAGGGCCAUUACUUGGCCGCCCUUGUCACCCUCGUGGGCGCCGUGAUGUCCCUGAUUGUAGCAGUGUUGUUUUGCCAUCGAUGUCAGGUGGCCUUCUCUCUCCACUUCCGCCAGAAGAAGACCUUAUCAUCAGAGGACCACCAGUAUGAUAUGUUCCUGGUUCACGGAGAGUCUGCCUCCCGCUGGGUGUGGUCCUUCCUGCUGCCGGCACUGGAGGACUCCUUUGGCUACACUUGUUUCCUGCCCCAACGUGACAUGUGCGGCGGAAGCAUGAUCCUCGAGGAAGUGGCGGAGACGGUGUAUGAUUGCCGCUGCGUGGUGGUAGUGAUAACUCCGUGUCUGCUGGAUAGCCCUUGGGCUGCUUGGGCACUCCACAACGCCAUGAAGGCCGCACUGCAGGCCCGCACUCGUCUUCUUGCUCUUCUGCUACAGGACUUGAAACCCAGGAAAGGAACCCCCGAUACCAGUGGCAUUAUUGGCAUCCUCAAGCACGUUAGAAAGAUUCCUGUUCCGCGAUCAAGCAGACUGGAGUAUUUCAAGCCGAAGAAGGAUCCGCAUCCCCAAAGUCCACCUCAGGAAGACACAAAUGUCCUCGAAGGCACUAACGGCUCGAAGGCUUUGAAUGUGGAUACGAUGGUGUGCCGGUCUCGUUCCAAGUCCCCGAAGAACCAGAAGCUCUCUAAUAUGAUUUCCGGUAGCAAUAUGGACUCAAAAAACACUGCAAGAGAUAAAAAAGAACGCAGUCCUGUCAUAUUUCUGGAAGGUGGAAACUCAGCAGACCCUUGCUCUCCAUGUUCAGAGACGCCCUUCAUCCGGCCAUCGUCAGCUUCUGUUCAAAAGCACAAAGCUAUCUUGGUUCAGUCGAAGAAAAAGCCAUCACUGAGCACCUUCCUGAGUGUGUUGUGCGCGGGUGACCAGCAGGAGAUAUUUUGGCACAUGUUCCUAGGCUGGCUUGGCCCCUCAGGUGCCACCACGCCACAGCAAGACGCCUCUCCCACUUCGUGUUCUGCUUAAAACGACGAUAGUCAAGCCAGCGUAUUUAUUCUCUUCCCUGAUAUCUUACUGGAGAGAGCUGGGGUGUGUCAGCAAACGCAGAACUACUCGAUAACUUUGGUAGUACAAAGUUGUAUACGCUAAUAUAUGAAAA